AUGUCAUUGACAAGUGCUGCUCCUUUGUUAGCAUUGUUGAGGGAAGAUGAUAAUGUUGUUAAAUCAUAUGCUUUACAAUCUAUCAAUGGUGUAGUUGACGAAUUUUGGUCUGAAAUUUCAAAUGAUAUUACAGAGAUCGAAACAUUAUAUGAUGAUCGUUCUUUCGCAGAUCGUAAAAUGGCUGCAUUGAUUGCUUCAAAAGUGUACUAUAACUUGGGUGAAUAUGAACCUGCUGUCAAAUAUGCUUUGGCAGCUGAAGAAAGCUUUAAUAUCGAUGAAAAAUCCCAAUAUGUGGAAACUAUUGUUACUCAGAGUAUAGAAAUGUACAUAAUGUUAACUACCCAAAAUUUCAAUGCCACUACUGAAGCUGAAAAAGUUGAAAUUGAUCCUAGAUUGGUCUCCAUUUUUGAAAGAAUGAUGGAGAAAUGUGUUAAAGCUUCUGAGUUUAAGUUAGCAUUGGGUAUUGCCUUAGAAAGUUACAGAUUAGAUGUGGUAGAAGUUAUACUAAAAAAUAGCAUUGAUAAUGACAAUGAAUCAAACUCAUUGAAAUUAAUAAACUAUGUUUUAGUCGCCGCAUCCACUAUAGUUGCCAAUUCGAACUUCAGAUCUCAAAUUUUGACUUUACUGUUUAAAAUGUUAAUGUCCAUGAAAAAUAUUGAAUAUUUUACUGUAUCAAAAGUUGUAGUAAACUUAAAUGAUGCUCAAUUGGCUAUUCAAUUAUUUGAAAAGUUACGUAAAGAUGAAGACAAAAACAUUUCUUAUCAAAUCGCCUUUGAUUUGGUAUCAUCAGCAUCUCAAGGUCUAUUAGAUACUCUAUCCGCAGAAUUGAAACAAAAACAAUAUGAAGAGAAGAUCUUAGAAAUAUUGUCAGGUAUUCCAACCUGUGACUACUAUAAUACUUUCCUAUUAAACAAUAAGAAUAUUGACAUGGGUUUAUUAAACAAAUCAAAAUCAUCUUUAGAUGGUAAAUUCUCAUUGUUUCAUACUGCAGUCAGUGUUGCCAAUGGUUUUAUGCACUCUGGUACAACUGAUAAUUCAUUUAUUAAGGCUAAUCUACCUUGGUUAGGUAAAGCUCAGAACUGGGCCAAAUUCACUGCCACUGCUUCAUUGGGUGUUAUACAUAGAGGUAACUUAGCCGAUGGUAAGAAGGUUAUGGCACCUUAUUUACCUGGUAGCCGUGCUACUUCACGUUACAUUAAAGGUGGUUCUUUGUAUGGUUUAGGUUUGAUAUAUGCUGGGUUUGGUAGAGAUGUUAUUGACUAUUUGAAAGGCCACAUUACUGAAAACAGUUCCAACUGUGGUGAUGAAGAUGUUGAUGUUUUAUUACAUGGUGCCUGUUUAGGUAUUGGUUUAGCUGCACUAUCAUCUGGUAACUUAGAAAUUUAUGAAUCACUAAAGGAAGUCUUAUAUGGUGAUUCUGUAAUAUCUGGUGAGGCAGCUGCCCUUGGUAUGGGUUUGACCAUGUUAGGUUCCGGUAAUGCUACCGCUUUGCAUGAUAUGUAUACAUAUGCACAAGAAACAAAUCAUGGUAAUAUCACACGUGGUUUAGCCAUUGGUUUAGCUUUGAUUAACUAUGGUCGUCAAGAAUUAGCUGACGAUUUAAUUGAAAAGAUGUUGUCAAACGAUGAGGCACUAUUACGUUAUGGAGGUGCUUUCACUAUUGCAUUAGCAUACGCUGGUACAGGUAACAAUAAAGCUGUUAAAAAAUUGUUACAUAUCGCUGUCUCUGACUCAAAUGAUGACGUUAGAAGAGCUGCUGUUACCGCCUUAGGUUUUGUGUUAUUACGUGACUACACUACUGUUCCAAGAAUUGUUGAAUUAUUAGCUCAAUCUCACAAUCCACACGUUAGAUGUGGUACUGCAUUUGCAUUGGGUAUUGCUUGUGCAGGUAAAGGAUUAAAAUCAGCAAUUGAUGUUUUAGAGCCAUUGACUAAAGAUCCAGUUGAUUUUGUUCGCCAAGCAGCAAUGAUUGCUCUAGCAUUAAUAAUGAUACAGCAAACAGAUAAAUUGAAUCCAAAGGUCACUGAAAUAAAUGAAUUGUUUUUGAAUGUUAUUAAGAAUAAGCACCAGGAAGGAUUAGCCAAAUUUGGCGCUUGUAUUGCUCAAGGUAUUAUGAAUGCCGGUGGUAGAAAUGUGACAAUUCAAUUAGAAAAUGCUGAAACAGGUACUCUUGAUGCCAAGUCAGUUGUUGGUUUAGCUAUGUUUUCACAAUUUUGGUACUGGUUCCCACUAUCUCAUUUCUUAACUUUGUCAUUUACCCCAACCACCGUUGUUGGUGUGCGUGGUUCUGACUUCAAUAUUCCAAAAUUUGACUUAAAUUGCCAUGCUAAGCAAGACCUAUUUAGUUAUCCAAAAAUGUAUGAAGAAGCAAUGGACAAGGAGGUAGAAAAGAUCGCAACUGCAGUCUUAUCUACUACAGCAAGAGCAAAGGCAAGAGCUAAGAAAACAAAGAAAGACAAAGAAGGUGAAGAAGAAACUAAGUCUGUUAAAACCGAGGAAACUCAAGAGACUCAAGAAGCUGAAGAGAAGAAGGUAGAUAUAGAAGAUAAAGAAAAGGAUUCCUCAAAGAAUAAAUAUUCCAACAAACCAUAUAAAGUGGGGAACAUGACUCGUAUAAUGCCACAACAAGCAAGAUAUAUUUCUUUCAAUAAAGACAACCGUUUUGCUCCUGUUCAUAAAUAUAAGGGUGGUACAGGCGUAAUUAUUCUUAAUGAUAAGACUCCAAAUGAACCUAUUAAGAUAAUAGAAACUGUAAGACAAAGUAAGGACGUAAAUGCUCCAUUACCAACUCCGUUUAAAGUUGAGGACGAAAUCGAUUUCAUGAAAUUAUGUUAA